AUGUCAACCAGAGAGCAGAACAGUACCUUUCGCCACAGUCCGUCGCGCUCCGGAGAAGCUGUCACAACCAAAUCACACAAGCUGAUCACAUCGCCCAGGACCAAGCUUGAUCGCGCACGUCCACGUGUCAUGCUUCUCACGGCCUGCCUCGUCUAUCUUACUACCACCCUCUUCGCCUUCCAGAUCAGUGUCGCUAGCGUCCUCAACCUGAUUUCACCAGAGUAUGAGCGGUUCAAUGACCAGCUUCUAGCGCAUUCAAGUGCCUUGCGCAAGGAGCAGAUCGUUUACGGCCGUCUAGAUAAUGUUCUGUCCACUGAGCUGAACCGCGGUUUCAUGGAAACUUACGAAGACUGCCUUGUUCGUGGGCUCGAGAGAGCGAAUCACGAACUUAUCGGUCUUGGGUUCCGGUAUCCUGAUAUCCGUGAGCAGGUCAUGGAGUGGACAAUAGAGAAUUGUGGUAGAUUGCAGUACGCACCACAGGUUGUGAAUGAAGAGCCGACUCCACAAGAAGCCGUCUUGACGUAUUGGGCGAUUUUAAGCUAUCGUGCUCGCCGGGUCGCUGGGGAAACUCUCAGUUUGGUCAAGAGAAAGCUUGGUUGGAUUUUCUGCCGACUUCUGAGUUCUGGUCAGCGUGAAGACGCUUCUCGUCGUGUUGACGACACAGAUACCGACGAAGAUAUGGGCACCAAUGAUUCUGUCUCUUCCGAGCGUGUUCUACCCCAAAUCCCGUUUGGAUUCGCCCUGCAAUGUCAACCGGACCAGCCUUGCCGUCUGUUCUACCCAGCUGGUUCGACCACGGAUUCUCAGGAGUUACACGUUUCGCCAGAAACUCUCAAGAAACUAGAGCAAAGGACAGCAGAAUUAUUUACUUUCAAUACCACCCUUGAUCAAAUGAGAUCAAUCAUUUCUCAAGCAUCGCGUACAGCGGUAUACCUGGAGAUAUUCUUUCUGUGUCUCUCUAUCAUUACGUUCAUCUACAGUCUAAUUAUCAAGACUGAUCCGUCGUAUCCUCACCCUGGAACGGAGGCCACCUAUCUAAUCAAAUCCAUGAUGAUAGAACAUCUCUCUGCCGCAGCAGCAUUCACGCUCGACAGGUACCCUGGAAUCUUUCCCAACAUACGAUCCGCUCUAGUCUUCGCCUUCAUUAUAACAACCCUCGGCUUAAGCAUGGUCCUAAAGUUUCUCAUCUCCAGAUCACAACUAGAGACUAUCCCCAACAUCCUCCAAUCGUUGCAAGAACUCUACCUGAUUCUCAGAAACCGCGAAAUCCCAGGCGAGGAAUGCACUUCGGAAAUUGGUGAGGGCAACACGGGUACCGAAGACAGAAUCCCGAAUCCCGAAUCCACUUCACAAAAAAAGGAAAAAACCAUAGCUUCCUCAAUCCCCCGCGCGCCAUUGAAAUCCCACCACCGCUUCGCCGACCCAACAACAACUGUGCAAGAAGACAUUAGACGCUCCCGCGAAUUGCUCCGCCAAGAACGUACAAAGCAGCAAACAGCCAGUGAUGAUAGUGUAGGAGAUGCGGGUUUCGAUACCGAUACGGAGUCCGAAAGCGAUGCAUUUGUCCAUAUCGCUAUUGACGCGGCGCAUCAAGUUAGUAUCUCUGAUGAACCGACGUGGUAA